AUGGCGCAACUCGAUACGCUCGACCUGGUGGUCCUGGUGGCCCUCUUAGUGGGUAGCGUCGCAUACUUCACCAAGGGCACCUACUGGGCCGUCCCCAAAGAUCCCUAUGCCUCGUCCGGGGCCGCGCUGAAUGGCGCCGCGAAGAGCGGCAAGACGCGCGACAUUAUUGAGAAGAUGGACGAGACUGGCAAGAACUGUGUGAUUUUCUAUGGCUCCCAGACCGGUACCGCCGAGGACUACGCCUCGCGGCUGGCCAAAGAGGGCUCGCAGCGUUUCGGCCUGAAGACCAUGGUGGCCGACAUUGAGGAUUACGACUACGACACCCUGGACAAGUUCCCCGACGACAAGAUUGCCUUUUUCGUUUUAGCAACCUAUGGCGAGGGUGAGCCGACCGACAACGCAGUGGACUUCUACCAAUUCUUCACCGGUGACGACGUGGCCUUUGAGAGCGGCGCCGCCGCCGACGACCAGCCUCUGGCGUCUCUGAAGUACGUGGCUUUCGGUCUGGGCAACAACACCUACGAACACUACAACUCCAUGGUCCGCCAAAUCGAUGCCGCGCUGAUUAAGCUGGGUGCGAAGCGCAUUGGUACUGCGGGUGAAGGUGACGACGGCGCUGGCACCAUGGAAGAGGAUUUCCUCGCCUGGAAGGAGCCCAUGUGGGCGGCUCUCUCGGACGCUAUGGGUCUGCAGGAGCGUGAGGCUUCCUAUGAACCGGUGUUUUCUGUUACGGAGGACGAGGAGAAAUCCGCUGAGGACGAGUCUGUCUACCUGGGUGAGCCGACGGCGGCCCACCGCGAGGGUCAGGCCAAGGGUCCGUACUCGGCGCACAACCCAUUCAUUGCCCCGAUUGUUGAAUCCCGCGAGCUGUUCACCGUCAAGGACCGUAACUGUCUGCACAUGGAAAUUAGCGUUGCCGGUAGCAACCUCAGUUACCAAACCGGUGACCACAUUGCUAUCUGGCCUACCAACGCGGGCUCCGAAGUCGACCGGUUUCUCCAGGUGUUUGGACUCGACGACAAGCGUGACUCGGUGAUUGGUAUCAAGGGCAUUGAUGUCACGGCCAAAGUUCCCAUUCCGACUCCGACUACCUACGAUGCUGCUGUUCGCUACUACAUGGAAGUGUGCGCCCCAGUCUCCCGCCAGUUCAUCUCCACCCUGGCCGCUUUCGCUCCGGACGACGUCAGCAAGGCCGAGAUUGUUCGCCUGGGUAACGACAAGGAUUACUUCCACGAGAAGAUCACCGACAAGUGCUUCAACAUCGCCCAGGCGCUUGAAAGCAUCACCUCCAAGCCGUUCACUGCCGUUCCUUUCUCGCUGCUCAUCGAAGGUCUCAACAAAAUCCAGCCCCGGUACUACUCCAUUUCGUCAUCAUCUCUGGUGCAGAAGGACAAGAUCAGCAUCACCGCAGUCGUCGAAUCUGUUCGCCUGCCGGGUGCCUCGCAUGUCGUCAAGGGUGUGACCACCAACUACCUUAUGGCCUUGAAGCAGAAGCAGAACGGCGAUCCGUCCCCCGACCCGCAUGGUCUGACUUACUCGAUCAACGGUCCCCGCAACAAGUACGAUGGUAUCCACGUUCCGGUUCAUGUGCGCCACUCCAACUUCAAGUUGCCGUCUGAUCCGUCCAAGCCGAUCAUCAUGGUUGGCCCCGGUACCGGUGUGGCACCGUUCCGUGGUUUCAUCCAGGAACGGGCCGCUCUGGCCGCCAAGGGCGAGAAGGUCGGCACCACGCUUUUGUUCUUCGGAUGUCGCAAGAGCAGCGAAGAUUUCCUGUACCAGGAUGAGUGGAAGACCUACCAGGACCAGUUGGGUGACUCCCUGAAAAUCAUCACUGCUUUCUCCCGAGAAGGCGCCGAGAAGGUGUACGUCCAGCACCGCCUGCGUGAGAACGCCGAGCUCGUCAGCGACCUUCUCAAGCAAAAGGCCAACUUCUACGUCUGCGGUGAUGCCGCCAACAUGGCCCGCGAGGUCAACCUGGUGCUCGGCCACAUCAUCGCGCAGCAACGAGGCAUGCCGCCCGAGAAGGGUGAGGAAAUGGUCAAGCACAUGCGCAGUAGCGGCAGCUACCAGGAGGAUGUGUGGUCAUGA